AUGGCGGCCCUGAAAAUAGCAAAUGUCAAUUGGCAAUCCAAACUGAAUAAAGCUGCACACCACACCUCUGAUUACAGCAGCACAGAAGCAAUCUUGAGGAGAGGACAGGCCUUCAGCAUCACUCUGCACCUCCAAACAAUGGUGCAAUCUGGGGACAACUUCACAUUUAUUGCAAGCACAGGACCAUCACCAGCAGAAUCACAGAGGACCAAGGCUGUAUUUAACCUUUCUGAGGAGGGUGCCAGUGGCUGGAGUGCAACCCAAGAGCCCAGUGAGCCCGGCUGCAUGAACUUCACAAUAUUCAGCCCAGCCAAUGCCGUCAUUGGACGAUACAAACUUAAACUCCAGCUUGUUUCUGGGAACAAGGUCUCUUCAACACUCCUGGGCCAGUUUGUACUACUCUUCAAUCCCUGGUGUCCAAAUGAUGAUGUCUAUAUGGCUAAUGAAAAGGAGCGACAGGAGUAUGUCCUGAACGACAGUGGAAUCAUAUUUCAGGGACUGGAAAAAUGUAUUCAACAAGAAGCUUGGAACUAUGGACAGUUUGAAGAGGAUAUCCUUGAUAUCUCUCUGGCUAUACUGGAUCGAAGCCUGAACCACCGCCAAGAUCCAGCUGCUGAUGUAUCCAACAGAAACAAUCCUAUCUAUGUGAGCAGGGUUAUCAGUGCUAUGGUUAACAGCAACGAUGAAAAAGGAGUAGUGGAAGGGAAGUGGAAUGGAAAGUACUGCUCAGGAACCAACCCCUUGCAGUGGAGUGGAAGCGUGACCAUCCUUCGAAAGUGGUACAGGGGGAGAUACAAACCUGUCCGGUAUGGCCAGUGCUGGGUCUUUGCAGGAGUAAUGUGCACAGUUCUGAGAUCCUUGGGAAUACCUACUCGUGUUAUUACAAACUUCAACUCUGCCCAUGACAGGAAUAUAAAUCUGAGUAUUGAUAAGUACGUUGACAUUUCUGGAAAGACCCUGCACUUGACUGAAGACAGUGUGUGGAAUUUCCAUGUCUGGAAUGAAAGCUGGUUCAUUAGAAGAGAUCUUGGCUCUUUUUAUGAUGGAUGGCAGGUUCUAGAUGCAACGCCCCAGGAAAGAAGCAAAGGCAUAUAUCAGUGUGGUCCUGCCUCCACCAGAGCCAUUAAGGAAGGGGAUGUGAACCUGGAUUACGACAGCUCAUUUCUGUUUGCAGCAGUGAAUGCUGACUAUGUUACUUGGAUUCACUAUAGCAACAAAAGAAAAGAGAGAAUUUAUUCUGAUACUAGGAAGAUUGGAAAAUUUAUCAGCACCAAAGCAGUGGGGACUAACUCCCGUGUGGAUGUCACUGCUAAUUACAAAUAUCCAGAAGGAUCCUUGAAAGAAAGGCAGGUGUAUAAAAAAGCACUGAAGCUGCUUGCUGUGAGAAGCACUGGGAAAAGAACCAAAAUUACAAGACGUAGAAGACGAUCUUCAGUAGCAUGGAGACAAAAUAUGACACAGCCUACACAAAAACCCAGUAUCUCAGGGAAGCUGAUCCUUGAUGCAUCUCCUGUAAUUGGCCAGGAUAUCCUCCUUACCUUGGCACUCAAGAACUUGACCUCAGAUUUCAAGAACAUAAGGGUUAAACUGAGAGCUUCAGCCAUUCUCUACACAAGAAGACCAAAGGCAGAGAUUUUGCAGUUGUCUAGGUCUGUUAAACUUGGAUCUGAAGAAGUGAAAGAGAUUUCAUUCAAGAUCUCCUAUUCCCAGUACAAAAACUCUCUGGUGGAUGACAGGAAGAUCCUAGUGACUGCUGUGUGUGAAACCAAACAGGGAGCCUCGCUUCUAGUGGAGAAGGACAUUGUACUUCAGGAUCCUUUUCUCACCAUCAAGGUCCUUGGUCCAACAGUGGUACACAAGGCUGUUAAUGUGCAGGUGACAUUUACCAACCCGCUGUCUGAAGUGGUGACAGACUGUGUGCUGAGAGCCGAAGGUAGUGGCCUGAUCAAAGACCAACUCAGAAUCAAUGUGGCAAGAAUGGCCCCCAUGGAGAGCUCAACAGUCCAAUUUGAAAUCAUUCCCUACAAGAGUGGCACCAGGCAGCUUCAGGUGGACUUGGUUUGCAUCCAUUUUUCAGACAUUAAGGGAUUUGUGAUGCUUGAUGUGGCUCCUGCUUAG